UCCACCAUCGCGUUCUCGAACCAUAAUACAUCUACCUCGCUUACGCCUCGCCCUUGAAACGUUCGCGUUCAACAACGACUACAACAAACUCGAGAUGCGCUCCCAGGCUCUUCAGGCCGCCUGCCGGCCUCUGCGCUCGCCCUCUUCCACCCUCCAGACUCUCGCCGCCUUCCAGUCACGGCCCAUCACAACCUCGAGACCCAAAUCCGCAACCGGCACCUACACUCCCAAGUCAUACACUCCCUCCAACAAUGCCAGGAAGCCCGUUGCAUCCUCGUCCACAUCCAAGCCCGCCGGCAUCAGCACUCCCUCCGCAAAGCCGUAUUCCCCUGCGCAGCAGCAGCAGGCUUCCGCCACCGAUAUCGAAGAGACCCCCAUGCCUGUAGUCCUCGACCCGCAGGCCGCUCAAGUCCCUGGCGCUACCCUCGAGGAUGUCGACCCCGAGCUUGCGGCGCAAAUUCCCACUCCCAGCAGCAACAACGCCAGCAACAACGGCACUAAGAAGGGCGCCUUCACUGCUGCCCUGACGGGCAACGGUGCUAACAGCAACGCUAAUGGAAACGGCGCGGCCCAGAAGACGAUUGACUGGUCUUCGUCUUACCACGGCUUGUCGACGGAGGCUUUCAGCCCCGAGGUCGCCAAGAUCCUGAUGCAGCCGCUUGAUCCGCUGGAUGUAGAGGUCAAGCCGGAUGGAAUCAUCUACCUGCCCGAGAUCAAGUACCGCCGCAUUCUGAACCAAGCGUUUGGACCCGGCGGAUGGGGACUGGCGCCGAGGGGGGAGUUGGUGGUGGGGGAGAAGGUGGUGACGAGAGAGUAUGCUUUGAUUGUUGGUGGUCGCUUCGUCGCCCAAGCCCGUGGAGAAUGCCAGUACUUCUCCGAGGAGACAAUACCCACGGCCGGAGAGGGUUGCAAGUCUAAUGCUUUGCUGCGGUGCUGUAAGGACUUGGGCAUUGCGUCAGAGUUGUGGGAUCCGCGCUUCAUUCGCGAGUUCAAGAAGAAGUACGCUCAUGAGAUCUGGGUCGAGCAUGUGGUCAACAAGAAGCGCAGGCAGGUGUGGACCCGCAAGGACGCGGAUCCUUGGUAUCCUUACCAGGCUGUCAAGAAAUAAGCGGCUCGAGAUGACGGGUGAGACAGGAGAGGUCGGGAGCUUGGAUUGGCAUGGCCUCUUAUUUUGUUGACGAACCAGGGAAGGGAGUGUUCAGAAAGGGAUAGAUGGUUGAACGGACAGUGGGCGAUGUUGGACAUUCACUCACUAGAGGCACCGUCCUAUUUGAGAGCUGUGGACGGCUGAUUGUCUUUCACGGACUUUGUUAGAGUACAGAACUAAAU